GCCACUGCCCCUGCCCCUUUCUGCUCCUUCCUACAGUAUGGCGGCUGAUACUUGCGGAGGACAACUUCUUCCACAUUCCUCCCGUCAAACAGGGAGAGUACGGCGACUAUAGUAGACUAUUAACCAGGGGACCACGGAUCUGCUUGACAGAGACGACGUCGGCGCAUUUUGUUUCUUGUACUGGAUAUUUUCAUGGACGACAAACGGGCUGAUGUGAUGAUCGGAACUGCAGCCAAGUAAACUCGCCUCAUUUUCCGCGUCUUAACUCAGUACUGUCACUGAGAGGGUUAGUUAGCUGAGCUAGCUCACAGACUGUCAGUGAGCGGGCUAGUGAGCCGAGCUAGCGCACAGACUGUCAGUGAGCGGGCGAGUUAGCCGAGCUAGCUCAUCUUUGGGCUAACGCUCUCCUGCAGGCGACAUUACUUAUCGAAGCAAGAUAUGCGUGACUCUAUUUAGCCGCAGAGGGGAGGAAUGGCAUUAAGCCCACACACUAUAAGCGAACUGGUAGAGAGGGGCCGAACGAAAUCGUUAAAACAUUUAAGUAUCCGGAAAACAAGUUUAUUAUCUCCACUAGCCUGGCUGCUAACUCCAGACCAGAAGCUAUACAUUGGACGCCAGGGUUAGCCACUUCUCUUGUCAUUUGGAGAGCUAGUCAACUAUCUUAUUCUAGCUUCAUCGGGUCAGUUAACCCCUGAAUCAGGCAUUGCGAAGGGUUUCUUGAAACCAACCACGACAACUAACCAGGGCUAAAACUGGUAAAGGAAAAAGCGCUAGUGUGCUAACUGUAACGUUAGUGAAGUGAAUCAGUGCUCAUGUUCUAAAGCGGACUAUGGUAAGCGUUAGUUAGCAUUCGUUAGCCUCUUGAUAAGGUGUACUGUGGAGGGAUUGUGUGUUCAGAAAUAAUAACAACAAGGUCAUGGAGCUUGAAAUCUCCUUUAAUUGACAAGUAGAUUGUAGAAUACUGGUAGUUCAGCGCCAGCCAGAAGGCAUCCAAGAGGGAACAAUAGUUGGUGGACUGCUCAGCCAGAUAACCUGCCCUCAUUAAGAGGUCACAACUAGUAACUCACUAAUCCGUUUCAUUUGGUUGUCAUUUGUCUACACUCUACCAGCGGGUUAUUUGGAGUGCCAGAGGAGAACAUAGUGACAGGAGUCGGAUUCCUGGAUGUUUGAUGGACGUGGGAGUGUGUGUGCCAGCCUGUCAUCGCGAUACUGUGUCGUGCAUGUCGUGACACAUGGCACCGCGUCUCGCCACACUUUUCUCUUUCGUUAAGAACCUUGGUUGGGGAACAUUACGAUGUGCUGACAAUUCUUUAUAAGUUAUUAGUGUCGUGGGUAAAGUUGGAGGCUGUGUACAGUCGAAGAUGAGCAUCUGCUAGUGGCUACAGGUGUCUACCAGUAGCCCAACCCCUUGCCUGGAAAACCGGGCCCAUCAUUUUUAUUUUUGAAUUGAAACCGAAGACAUCCGCCACUCUGGAUCAAGAAACCUUGUCCAUCGUCUCUGGUUGGAGCAACACUCUCAAGCCGUCCUCGAUGCCUUCCGCGCUGGCCGUGUUCGCCUGCCGACCAAACUCGCACGCCUUCCAGGAGCGGCAUGUCUACCUGGACGAACCCGUCAAGAUCGGCCGCUCCGUGGCGCGCUGCCGCCCCGCGCAGAACAACGCGACGUUUGACUGCAAGGUGCUCUCCAGGAACCAUGCGCUGGUCUGGUUCGACCACAAGACCGGCAAGUUCUAUCUCCAGGACACCAAGAGCAGCAAUGGAACCUUCAUCAACAGCCAGCGCCUCAGCCGGGGUUCAGAGGAGAGUCCGCCCUGCGAACUCCUCUCUGGGGACAUCAUCCAGUUUGGGGUCGACGUCACGGAGAACACACGCAAAGUCACCCAUGGCUGCAUCGUGUCUGGUCUCAAGCUCUUCCUGCCAGAUGGAAUGGAAGCCCGUCGACGAGCAGAUGUGAUCCAAGCUCCUCUUCCUCUGCCCGUGGACAAGGUGGCUGCGAACACGCCCAGUAUGUAUUCUCAGGAACUUUUCCAGCUGUCCCAGUACCUCCAGGAGGCCUUACACAGGGAGCAGAUGCUGGAGCAGAAGCUAGCUACGCUACAACGUCUGUUGGCCAACACCCAGGAGGCUUCAGAGAGCAGCUGGCAGGCUCUGAUCGAUGAGGAUCGCCUCCUCUCUAGACUGGAGGUGAUGGGUAGUCAGCUACAAGCUUACUCUAAGUCCCAGACGGAGGAGGGGAUAAAGAAGGAGUUGCUUUCGCUCCAAGAGGACAAACACAACUACGAAACCACCGCCAAGGAGUCCCUGAGGAGAGUCCUGCAGGAGAAAAUAGAAGUGGUCCGCAAGCUGGCCGAGGUGGAGCGCUCUCUCAGUAACUCUGAGGAGGAGUGCACCCAUCUGAAGCAGGAGUCGGAGAGGAGUCAGGAAGAGGUGCAGGAGCUGGCCAACAAAUACAACGCCGCCGUCAACCAGAUCAGAGAGCUGGCCGACAAGAUCAAGCUGGCGGAGGGGGCCCAGGAGGAGCUGUCCCAGCGGGGCGAGGAGGAGAAGAGGCUGCUUCAGGGGAGGCUGGAGGAGAUGGAGGACAAGGAGCAGGUUCUCCAGGCCCGCAUCGAGGCUCUGCAGGCGGACAACGACUUCACCAACGAGAGGCUGUCUGCACUACAGGUGCGUUUAGAGCAGCUCCAGGAGAGAAGUAUUAAAGAAACCACCAGUCUGGCGGGAGCAGAAGAGGGGCCCUCGGGAGCCCAGCUACAGGAGCUUCCAGAAGCCAAUCAGAGCGAGAAGAAAGAUGAGGACCUAACGGAGGACAUGGAUGAAGACACGGACACUGAUGAGGCUGAGACUGCUGCUGAUGAAGAUGAGGAUGAUGGGGAUAACUGUCAUGUUAAUAACAGUGGAGGUGACAACAGAAUUCAACAAAUUGUGUGUUCGCCGGUGAAACAAUUGAAGGAGGCAGUCGGGACCUCGAUCCAUAAACUGUCCAACUUUGAGGAAGUGAUUGAUGCUCACCUGCAGAACAACCAGACGGCAGAAGAUGACAGUCUGGCUAGUCCUGACCCACUCAGAGACGCUAAAGAAUCGGACAUGUCAGACACACUGAGUCCCAGCAAAGACCGCAGCAGUGACGACACCUCGGAUGGUAACAUGGAUGACCAGGAUCUGAACGAACCGCAGAACAGAGCAGCACUUCUCAGAGAUGAGCUUCAACGUGCCGGUCUGGACUGUGAGGACACGGAACAGGUGAUCCACUACCUCCACAGAGAGCUGCUGCAGGCCCAGGACCUAGCCAACACAGGCAAAACCCGCUGCCUCGAGCUACAAGCUCUCCUAGAGGAGGAGAGGAAGAACAACAGCCACCAGACUGAGGAGUCGACGAAACAAAUCCAGUACCUUCAGAGCCAGCUGGCCCGGCUGCAAGUGGACAUGGAGUCCCUGAGGGACCAGAGGGAGAAGACCAUCUGCAGCACCAGAGAGGAGCUGAGUCUGGCCCAGGAGGAGGUCCUCGUCCUGCGUGACUCCCUGGAGGAGGCGGGGGCUGAGCGGGAGCAGGAGCUGAGCGCCCUGCAGGUGGAGCUGGGGACUGCCUGCAGCGAGCUGGAGCAGUGGCGGAGCACGGCCGCACGCUACCAGCUGGACGUGGAGACACUACAGCAGGCCUUCGUCCAGCAUGCACUGCUCCGGGAGAAGACGCACCGCCUGCAGGUGGAGUGUGACAUGUUGCAGGGUCAGGGUACGUCCCUGCAGAAGGAGUGUGAGGACCUGAGGUCAGAGAGGACGACGCUGCUGGGCAAACUACAAACUAUGGAGGACCAGCUCACCAGCAGCAGGACACAGCACCAGGCCCUCUCCUCCUCCCUCCAGACGGUGGAGCACAGGGAGGAGCUGCUGACGCAGCGCCUGGGCUCCCUGGAGAACCAGCACCUCCUCGACUCUUCCAACCUCCACACCCUGCUGGACCAGGCCAAGACAAACACGCACAGCCUACAGAAAGAGUAUGAGGAGACCCAGGAGCAGCUGGUGGACCUGAGGAGGCGCUACGAGAAGGCGGAGCAGGACAAGGUCCUGAUCCACCGGGAGCUGGAGCAGUGUCGCUCCUCCCUCCAAGUCCUGCAGGCCAGGAGCUCCAGCUCCUCCAGGCUGCAGCCGGCCCAGGCGUUUCUCAUAGGUCUGGCUCUGGUUCUGCUCUACUGGUUGUUUGGCCAGUUCUGGUAGAAAGGGUCGCUGGAGGUCCUGGAUGCCCGUCGUCGUGGUGAUGGUUGCUGUGACAGCGGCGGUCCUUUAUCCCAACUUCCCCAAGAGCAGCUCCACCUAACACUCUCUCACGCACGCACACCUGCACACACACACCUAUACAGACGCCUCCACACCUAUAUCUACACACACACACACACACACCUAUACACAUACAGCUACAGCAACAUACACAUACGCACCCCUAUUCACACACAUACACGCACACACACACCCACGUAUAUAAACACCUUUACACGUGCACAUAGAAAUAUGGUGAGGUGUGUAGUGCGUGCAGGGAGCAGUUGUCUGUAUAAAGUGUAAUUGUAUAUAAAAAUAACUGUGUGGCGGGGGGGUGUAUAGAGAUGUGAUUUUUACUGAGAAUCCACUCCCUCCAGUAGGGGCACUGUGGGCUGAUCCUCUCUUCUUCUGUCUCUCCUCCGGUCAUAACCGGUAAAAACUUGUCUGAACUGGUUUAAACUGGUAUAUAACCAGUCUGAACGGGUUCAAACUGGUUUGGUAGCUAACCAGUCGGAACUAGUUUGGUAUUGAACCAGCUUGAACUGGUUUGUUUGUCUGUUAAUCCUCCAUGUUGGUUCAGGGUGCUGGGGAUGGGGUUUGGGUUGGGGUUAAGGUUAAGCCAAAUGAAAGUCGGAUUUCUCUGUGGUCUUCUGGGCACAAGGGGUCAAAGUGCCUCUGUAACUAUCACCUGAGAGAGCGAGAGUGUGUGUGCACCGGGAACAUGUGUCUGGUCAGACUCUCUGACCACUGGUGUGUGGGUGUGCGUUUCUUGUCCGUUUGAAACCGACAAACAAAUAUUCCUGAUGUUAAGAGUCAAACACACUACAGUCGAGAGAGAAUUGUAAAUUAAAGAGUUAAAGACUUAUUGAAUGAUAUGCGUUAUUAGACUUAUUUUGUUAAGAUCGUUUAGAGCUAAGAGAGAUGAUGUAAUGAUUCUGCAGAGAGUUUUGGGAUUAAAGUUGUAGCAAUGCUGACCCACCAACA